AACAACAUUAAUUCCAUCAAAUUAAACAUCUAUCUGAUCUCUUAAGAUUUCGAUCUCUUAGAUUGAUCUAACCAAAUUAAAGGGCAGAUCGAAAUGGCGAAAAUAGGAGGUUUUCUGGUGACUUAUUCACUUCUGCUUUGCUGCUUGGCAGCCACUGCUUAUGGGGAAGUCUUGUUUUCUAGCUUGAAGAGAAGCCUUGAGGUUUCUGUCAAGCAUAAACAAGGACAAGUUCUGAAGGCUGGGGAUGACGAAAUCACAAUAACAUGGUCAUACAACAGCAGUAGCCCGGCUAAGACGGACUCAAGCUACAAGAACGUGAAGGUGAAGCUGUGCUACGCGCCGGUGAGCCAAGUGGACCGCGCGUGGAGAAAGACGGAAGAUCAUCUGAAGAAGGACAAGAGCUGCCAAUUCACCAUCGCCACCAAGCCCUACAACCCCAAACCCAACACCCUCAAAUGGACGAUAGAGAGGGAUGUGCCCACCGCCACUUUCUUCGUCAGGGUUUACGCCUACAACGCCGACGAUCACGAGGUCGGCUACGGCCAAAACACCGACGCCAAGAAGACGCAGAACCUUUUCCAAGUCGAGGCCAUCACCGGCCGCCAUGCCACGCUUGACAUCUGCUCCGUUGUCUUCUCUGUCUUCUCCGUUGUUUCGCUCUUUGGCUUCUUCUUCUUGGAGAAGAGAAAGGCCAAGAGUGCACAACAGAAGUAAUAAGGACCUCAAUAUAUAUUUCUUUUGAAUUUCUUCUGUCUGGCUUAUUAAUAUCAUAUAAUGUGUAUUGAACAAAUCACCCUCUUGCUUAUGUCUUACAUACCAAGCAAAUUAA